UUACUGCAAAUGCACUUCUAUUAAUCACUUUUAUUUAGAGAUUUUUAAAUAAAUACAAAAUGGCGACCUCCUUUAAGAAAACAAUCGUGAAAAAUUACGCAAAAGUUGGCGAAAAAGUUACAAGUGAUACAAUAUACUGGAAAAAAUUACAGACACCCAUCAUAAAGAAAGAGUAUGGAGCCAUCACUCACAUUGACUUUAGCCCAGUGUCUCCAUAUGAGCUUGCAGUCACCAAUUCUACACGGGUCCAGAUAUACAGCUCCACUUCAUUACAGAUUCAUAAGACAUUAAGUCGAUUUAAAGAACUAGCGUACUGUGGUAGUUUCCGUAGCGAUGGUCGCUUGAUGGUUGCCGGGGGUGAUGAAGGUCAUAUCAGAUUAUUCGAUAUUCAAGGACGAAAAAAUUUAAAAAGAAUUUUUUAAAGGACAAAAAGGGGAAAGAUUGUUUAAAAUGCAGUCCAUGUGUCCAAGUUUUUAUCAAGUAAUGUACAAGUUUUAUCGGGAUCUGACGACAACACAGUCAAAGUUUGGGACAUCCCCACGGAGAAAGAUCUUGUCACCUAUACUGACCAUACUGAUUACGUAAGAUGCGGAGUCGCAAGCCAAUCUAGUAAUGAUAUAGUGUUGACAGGAUCUUAUGACCACACAGUAAAGUUGUUUGACACUCGUAUUGGCGAAUGUGUAAUGAGUGUCAACCAUGGUUCUCCGGUAGAGAGUGUUCUAAUGUUUCCAACCGGGGGUCUCUUCUUCUCUGCAGGUGGAAAUACAGUAAAAGUUUGGGAUGCGCUCUCAGGUGGUAAAUUGAUCACUACGUUAUGUAAUCAUCACAAAACAGUUACAUGCUUGUCAUUUUGUAGUAACUACCAGAGACUAAUGUCAGGUGGCCUUGAUAGGCACGUAAAGAUUUAUGAUGUUGGUACAUACCAAGUUGUGCAUACAUUAGACUACCCUGGUGCGAUACUUAGUCUAGGCGUUAAUAAAGAUGACAGUUUACUGGCUGUGGGUACAGUGGAAGGGUUGUUAUCUCUACAAAGAAGAAAACCGGAUGAUGAGGUGACAGUGAAGAAACCGAAGAAAAAGACGGUCUCGUUUAGAUACGGUCUUCGCGGCAAGACUAUUAUACCUAAUAAGGAUGAUUAUGUGGUAGAGCACCGGAAGAAAGAGCAGCUAGCGAAAUAUGAUAAAUAUUUCAAACAUUUCGAGCACAGUAAAGCUCUAAAUGCAGCAUUAGAUAGAAAAGUGACGAGACUAACACCAGCUGUUACGGUAUCUGUCAUGCAAGAACUUAUACGUAGAGGCGGAAUUAAAGCCGCGCUAGCUGGGAGAGAAGGUUCCUCACUGAAAAGUUUAUUUAUCUUUUUACAAAAGAAUAUCUCCAAUCCCAGAUUUACAGCAACUCUGGUUGACAUAGCUAACUUGAUAUUAGAUAUAUACUACUCUCAGAUAGGGACGUCCUCUGUGUUGGACACAGAGUUACACAAAUUACGCGACACGGUGGAUCAUGAAGUGAUGUACACAAAGCGUUUACUGGAGGUGAUUGGCGAGCUUGAUACUCUAUUCUCGGCAUCACAACAGUUUGAAGUGACGUCUGAUGGUACUGGACCAUCUGUUUCACACGAUAUUAAUGAACUGACAUUAAAACCUUCAAAGAGUGCAGAAGUUUCUUGAUGGCAAAAUUAAAUGUUAAAAAAAAA